UAUCGAGGAGAAGGAGGGUUUAGUUCUAGAAAAAGACAUGGUUGUUAUGCGUUUGCGAGAAAAUUGGAAAGGAGAGAUGAUGCUGAUGCAGUUGUUAGGGGCAAUGUCACUUUUUCUGGCAUUGACAGUUGCCGUGCCCUCGCAAGAGAAGCGUGUGCAUCACCACAGUGACCUGAGUGACCAUGUCCACGAUGACACCCAAGGUUACCAGUAUGACCAUGAGGCAUUUUUGGGGAAAGAGGAAGCCAAGACCUUCGAUCAGCUGACUCCUGAGGAGAGCAAAGAAAGACUGGCGAAAAUAGUGGAUCGCAUUGACACAGAUGGUGAUAAUCACAUCAGCCAUGAGGAGCUACACCAGUGGAUCAAACACAGACACAGGAAAUACAUCGAGGAGGAUGUGGAUAAGCAAGUGAAAGAGUAUGAUCUCAACAAGGAUGGAAAGGUCACCUGGGAAGAAUACAAAAACAAAACCUAUGGCUACUUCCUGGAUGAGCAAUACCAUGAUCCUGAUGAAAAGUUCAGCUACAAGUCCAUGCUGGCCAGGGAUGAGAGGAGAUUUAAAACUGCCGAUGGGAACGGCGAUGGGAUAGCAACCAAGGAAGAGUUAACUGCUUUUCUGCACCCUGAAGAGUAUGACCAUAUGAAGGACAUAGUUGUUACAGAAACAAUAGAGGACAUUGAUCAGAAUGGGGAUGGGCUGAUUAACCUGGAGGAGUACAUAGGUGACAUGUUUUCUCCUGAGGAUGGAGAAAGUGAACCUGAGUGGGUGCAGACUGAGAGAAAACAGUUCUCCGAGUUCAGAGAUGCGAAUCACGAUGGAGCUCUGGAUGCCAGUGAGGUGUCCAAGUGGAUCCUCCCUGGAGAGAUCGACCAUGCAGACAAUGAAGCUAGACAUCUUAUUCACGAGACAGACACAGACAAGGAUGGUCGUCUUUCUCUUGCUGAGAUUUUGGAGAAAACUGAAUUCCUGGUGAGCAGUACCAUGACUGACUAUGGGCACUUAAUGUCAGUGCCCCAUGAUGAGCUCUGAUGCUGUGUCUCUGGCUUCAAAGUUAACUCUACACACAACAGAGGAGCAAUCCUCUACAGUUCCAGCAGCACUGAAAAUUUUACCCAAAUACGGAAAAAACCUGAAUUUCUCUCAAUAAAGAA